UGUGAUAUCACAGCUGCUUAGGAAGUCUGGUUAUUAUAGUCACCCAUGUGUCGUACAAUUUUCGCUUUCUCAAACUUCAAGUUCAGUAAAAGUAGAGAUAAAUAUUCAAUACUUUCUCCAUUUGAUUUGGACAAGUUUGAUACUGUACAAUUAAUCACGUUAAAAGCACGUGUUUCUGGGGAAUUCACCUGUUAGGACACGCCCAAUGAGUUUACGCAUGUAUUUAUAGCUCGUGUUCAGACUUAUACUCAGCUGGUUUCGAGAUGCUUUAAUUACUUUCUGCAUUACUGUCAUAUUAAAAUGGGCGCAGGAGAGUUCAGUUACAGGAUUUCUAUCCCAACUCUAAGAGUCGUCUUUCCGCUCCUUUUCGUCCUCAGGCUUGCUCAAGGUCAGUUGCACGUGGUUGGAUCCCAUCAGCCUGUUGUAGCAGCUCCAGGUGAUGAUGUCAUCCUGCCCUGUCAAGUGGAACCAGCAUUUAACGUGGCGGGGCUGACGGUGGAGUGGUCAAAGCCGGACCUCCGUCCUGACCCCAACGACCGUCUGAGCCGAGUGGAAUAUGUUCAUCUUUACAGAGACGCCCACGAGGUCCCCGACAUGAAGCUCCCAUCGUACAUCGGGAGGACGGCGUUGUUCACAGACGGCCUGAGAGAAGGAAACAUCUCACUAAGAAUCACUAAUGUGACACAAGAAGAUGAAGGAAGAUACAGAUGUUUCAUCCCAAAGUUAAAGAGUCAAACAAGGUUUUCAGUUGUUCGUCUGAUUGUUGACCCAAGUUUAACUGAAACUGGGACAACAGAGACACCACUGGAUCCUGAAAAUUUCCAUAUUUCUGAUUUAAAUGAAGAGAUAGAUAAUAAAGGUGGUUCGUCCGAGCGGUGCCGACUGAUUCCAGUUGUGGUUCUCUGUGUGUUUAUUCUUCUGUGCUUCGCAGUCGGAGGAUGCUUGAUCACAGAGUCACAAAAAGCAGAACUCAAGAAAAUUCCAAUCUAAUUGGCAAGGGCGCAUUGGAAAUGUUAACAGAGACGAGUGCUGCCUACGUACCUGCGGAUGUUUCAUAUGUGUUUGAAGAUUUGAAGCAUUAACUCUUCCAGCCUCUUCUGGACACAGUGGACGUGUCCCAUAAUCUGUUUGGACCCAAAUGAACUUUAACUCCUGUAAAUGAUGACCGUGCCUUCAGUGACUGGUCAGGUGACGUCACGCAGGUUUGAGUGCAGAAACAGGAUCCAUCAUCUGAGCCAAAGUUGAACUCUGGCAUCAGAGUAUACGGUUACUUUAAAUCUGUUGAAGUGAUGUGUUGCAGCACUUUGUGUUUUACAUGUUAACACUAAAGCUGAAUUUGUUUUUGUGACUUUUAUGUCAAAGUUUUUUUGGUCACACGGUAAGAUUUAGCUCUUUUCACAUAACUUUGCACUACAUAUAGUGUGACUUCAAUAUUUUGUAUAUAUACACACUUGCAGGAUAUAUGAAAAACUGAGGAUUGGUGGGAAAUGAGGGGAGUUUUGUGUUUGUGUUUUUUUAAAGACUCAAAUCCAGCAGUAAUGUAUUGAGACAGCCUGGAGCUGUAGGUGGUUUUUCUUAUAAUGACACAUUGUUUAUGGGACAAUUUUCUGUUUCAGUUUUGAAUCAGUUUUAGGAUUUUACUAUUUGGAUGUGACUUUAGAGGUAUGUUUCCUUUAUAAGGAAGAACUUUUCCAUCCUCUGAACUUUAAAGUGCUUUUCAGUCACUUAACACUGACAAUUAAAGGGCUUUUGAGCCACGCAGCUAUAUUUAUGGAGAAAAGAGCCAAUAUCAUCAAAGUUAAAUAUUAAUUGUUCUGUUUAUUUGAGCUUCAUCAUAUUUGCAUUCUUAAAAAGUUGGUCUUUUUUAAACAUUGUUCUGAUUUUUGAAGUUUGAAACUCUUGUCACUCCUGCACUUUCAAAUGAAUUUAUGUGAUAUUUGAAACCGUGUUUAUUCGGUUUCAUGCAACAAAAAAUAGCCACAUAAAGUGCAUUUCCAAGUGAUUGCAGUGUGUUUGCUUCAUAUAUUCAGUGAUUAAAAUCUGUUCUGGAGUUCAGCUGUUACAUCACAUGAUAGGCAUCUUAUGUUGUGUUAGCAUCGGGGUAUCGUGGAUGAGUAAUGUGGGUGAGAAUGUGAAGUCAGCACAUAGGUCAUAGCAGUGCUAUUUGUUAGCUUAUGACAUCAGUGUUUUAUCUAAAAGUGCAACAGACGCUGCUUUAUGCUUCCUUUUAUGAUGGUACUAUAAAGCUAUCACAGAAACUAAUUUAUCAUCUACCAAGAAUUAUACCUUACAUCAUAAUCUGUAGUAGAUUUCAUUUUCACUGAAACUGUAAGCGUAUCUGUUGGGUGAAAUUUCACAUCCACCGUGCUUCAUCAUCUCACCUUAUUGUUUUCAUUUCCUUUCUGUGAUUCUGUAUAAACUUUAUGUUUGCAGCCAAUCCAGACAUAAAUACUAACUGCUUCAUCAGGUUCUAAUGCUUUCUAAUUUGGGCCAAAACUGAAUAAUUUAUGUGUAUCUGGAGUUUAGGCGGAUCUAUUUCUCCAAACAUAGGCCGGGGUGUUAUUAAAAAUGUAUAUGUUUAUGUGUGUUUGAUUUUAUGCAUUUACUUCACCGCUGAAAAAUGUAAAACAGAAAAAACUGUGCAUAAAAGUAUUAUUAUUAAAAAAAAAC